AUGGAAUCCAUCCGCGCCCGCAAGCGACCCACUCCGGCGCCGGCAGCAGAAAGGCCGCUUCGGUCUGCCGACAGUGAGGCCUCCUCCGACCGCACUCAGCUCGCCGGCUUCACGGAUCUACCCGCGGAAAUUCACCUCCUCAUCUCCAAGCAACUCAUCUACCCCGACGCCCUCUCACUGAAACACACCAGCAGCUACUUCUACUACCUCGUCGACACCGGCGUGCGACUCAAGGUGGAAUGGCUCAUGGAGCGCCGUAUGCUUCACCUCGAGUGUCCCAACGAUAAACGGUGUGACCUCGGCAGCGAUCUCCGUUUCUGCAGAGGCAGUGUCCCAGGCGGCGUGAACACAUGGAGUGCGAGUCAAGGCCAGGACUUGGUUGCCUCGUGUACGGCACUUCCGUAUGCUCGCAUCGUCGAAAGAUUGGUGCAAGGUGUCAACGCUGGCUGA